GCAGUUGGUGGGGGAACUCCCUUUUAAGUGGCGGCUUUGGCCGACUCCUAGCCAUUUGAGUCUUGUGAACUUGACUUUGAACUCAUCUCCUACACCGUUGUGUCCCCAGACAAUAAUACCUCUCUCUUAGUCCAAGUGAAUAAGAUCUUUCAGUUCUGUGUGAGAUUUCUUGUGUGAUUGAAGAGCCCUUUUACCGGUUUAGAAAGCUCUGUGCGGGAGGUGUUUGACGAUUGUUAUUUGAGACAAAACAUAUCUUAAAAAACAAAACCGUCAAAAGAGAAGAACUGAGAAGAGUAAAAAUGAAAGUAAUUUUGUGUUUUUGUGCCGUUUUGACCCUUGCCAUGGGUCAGAGGAUCACAACAAUUCAACUUGAUGGCGUUCAGUACUUUGUCAGUCGGAUGAAUCCCUAUUCACCAGAACUCAACUACUUCCUGGCGUAUCAGUACUGUCGUUCACUCGGCCUUCAAUUGGCAUCUUUUGAGACAAAGGAGAAGGUUGAGUCUAUGACUCAGUACCUACAGAAUGCAGGCUACAGCAAGUAUGAUUUCUGGACGUCAGGAAAUCGCCUGGGCACAGGAAUGUUCCUAUGGAUGAGCACAGGACUUCCCUUCAAUGCUACCUUCGAUUACUUUGAGAAUUCUAGUGAUGGAGUUGCUUCAUCCCUCGAGCAGGUGGAUCACAAUCAGAACACAGCACCCCAGAGAACAGCUAGGGAUAGUAGUAGCGGCCUGGAGAAAGGAUGUGUAGUCAUGCAGGCACCGAGCCUGCAUUGGGCGCCUGAAGAUUGCUCGGCUGUGAAAGACUUCAUUUGCGAACAGACCCGAUGCUACUACUACAACUACGGGAGCAUUCCUGUGUCUUCCGCUCAGGGACGACCAAUUUCUUCAACAACAACGACCACGACAACACCUGUGCCCCAUUUCCUACCGUCCACCACCUUCAAGAUGCCUCUUGCGAUGACUCUGAAUCUCCGCAGCGAGCCAAAACUCCUCAAUGAACACCCAGAUCGUCCUGUCCAGGUGGAGACAGUCACGGAGGAGGAUGAGGAGGCUCAGGAGGAUAGCAAUUUAGAAAGCGAAGAGAGUAGUGUAGCUGAUGAUGUGGAGAAUGAAGAAACCACCGAAGAGUUGGAUGUCACCGAAGAAGUCACAGAGAUUACGACCAAACAGCCCAAGAGCGAUACCAUCACUCCGGUUGAACAGAGACUUAAGCAGAUCACCGAAGAGAUUGAAAAAUUCAGCAAUUCCGAUGUAGACAGUGACAUUGGACGUCAAAGUUUCUUCUCCCUUUCCGAUCUAAUUAAGAAUCUCAGGCCCAACGACAAGAAGACACCUCAAAUUGAUUCCGACUAUAGCAAUACCAUGCGCGUCCUUGGUGACACCAAAUCUCUCAUCAAUGAAGAUGCUCGGAAAGUCAAGGAGGCCAAUGUAAAAAUUACAAGAUCCCUGUACUAAAGCCUCAUUCUCUUCUGCGUCGCUUCUAAAAUGGUGCAGCUGAAGACUUCCAUUGAACUUUUCUUCUUCCCUCUUUUCGCCGGAUUUCAUCCGGCAUUCAGAAAAGAGCGAAGAAGAAGGAUCUGAGACUUUUCGGUUGCACCAGGAAGUGUAUCCUCCUGAUAACUAUUUUUUUUUGUGGUGAAAAUUUUAAAAGGUAGUUUAAAAAUUCUUCAGCAUUUACUAUCCGUGGUCAGAGUUAUUCAGUGAAUUUCAAUUUUACCAAUUUUGACUAAGAAAAAAUAAAAUUGAAAAUUUAAAGCGAAAAAAUAAUGAAAUAUUGUAAUGAAUUUAUGUAAUAAGUGAGAAAUCAAAUAAAAGACAAUAUUUGUCACAGUAAA